AUGCAUUUCUUUCGCAGCAUUGUUCUGGCUUUACUGCCCACUGCUGCUUUUGCGGCCAAGAAAACUGUUGAUAGAUUCGACAAAUUCCAUGCCAAAGCUCUCGUAUCGACUCCAUUGAAGCUCGACGAUCCGCUUUAUGGCCAAUUGACAGCCGCCCCUAGAGACUAUUCGGUUGCUGUAUUGCUAACAGCCCUGGAAUCCCGAUUUGGAUGUGUGCUUUGUCGUGAGUUCCAGCCAGAAUGGGACUUGUUGUCUAGAGGCUGGACCAAAGGCGACAAGAAGGGAGAGUCACGCCUUUUGUUUGCGACAUUGGACUUUAUGGAUGGCAAAAACACCUUCCAAUCACUCGGUCUUCAAACCGCCCCGGUUCUCUUGCUCUUCCAACCAACAACUGGCCCUCAUGCCGUGGCAGAUAUUGGCCCCGUGCGAUAUGACUUCGUCAAUGGGCCUCAAUCUGCGGAGCAAAUCCACGACUGGAUAUCUCGCCAGCUUCACGAUCGACCCCACCCCCCGAUUCAAAGACCAAUCAACUGGGUGCGUGGAUUCGCAAUUACCACGACUCUAUUAGGCACGGUCACUUUCAUAAGCGUCGCUUGGCCCUAUGUGCUACCGGUCAUUCAGAACCGUAAUGUCUGGGCCGCAAUCAGCUUAAUAUCUAUCCUACUCUUCACCAGUGGACAUAUGUACAAUCACAUCCGAAAGGUCCCAUACGUUGCGGGCGACGGACGCGGGGGCGUCAGCUAUUUUGCGGGCGGUUUCCAAAACCAGUACGGUCUGGAGACACAGAUCGUCGCAGCUAUGUAUGGCCUACUUUCCUUCGCGACCAUUUCGCUCGCCCUCAAGGUACCACGCAUAGCAGAUCCUAAAUCACAACAAGUCGCUGUCAUAAUCUGGGGUAGCAUUAUUUUCGUUAUGUACAGCUUCUUGCUCAGUGUAUUCAGAAUCAAGAACGGUGGAUAUCCUUUCUGGUUGCCUCCAUUCUCAUAG